UUCUCUCUCUCCCCCAGAGUAGUCUGUUCACAUUUCGCGCACGCUCUCUCUUCCUCUCUAAAACCACCGGUGCCUCUUCAAAUCCUCACUUCUCCAACCAGUGAGAAAAUCAUCUCUCUCUCUCUCUCUCUCUCUCUCUCUCUCUCUCUCCUACCAAACAGUUACCUACUUCCCGAAUUUUCAGCAUUCUCUUCAUCUCAUUCCUAUGAGUAGACUUCAGUCACAUUCCUUAUCGCUUUCUCCACAUAACUAAACAGAGAGAGAAAACAGACUGCUCGUUUCGUUCCUUCUAAAAAUCUCUCCGUUCCGCCUAGGGUAUUUUAAGAAAUGGAGAAAAAACAGGGCUUCUUCUCCGCUCUGAAGGACGAGGUGGUCCGAGGCCUAUCCCCGGCGAGGUCGCGCGCCAAGAGCCCCGCGCGGAGCAAGUCACCGAUGAUGUGGCGGAGCAGCAAGCAGCGGCAGAGCCACGUGGCGAACGUCGAUUCGUCGUCGAUCGGGAGGUCAGGGAGCGUCGGCGAGACGCUGACGCCGUUGAUGGAGGGUCCGGAUCCCGACAGCGGCGGGGUCGGGGACUCGAAGCGGCACGGGUUGGGGCAGUGGAUGAUGGGUCAACUCUCGAGGACUCCGUCCAGUAUGGCUUCGAAUUUUAAUCGGAGGUCUGAUCUGAGGCUUUUGCUUGGUGUCUUGGGCGCUCCGCUUGCCCCCGUGCACGUUAGCGCCAAUGAGCCUUUGCCUCAUCUCAGCAUCAAAGACACUCCCAUCGAAACUUCAUCUGCCCAGUACAUAUUGCAGCAAUAUACUGCUGCAUCUGGUGGGCAAAAGUUGCAGAACUCCAUCCAGAAUGCAUAUGCUAUGGGAAAGGUGAAGAUGAUAGCCUCUGAGUUUGAAACUGCAACAAGGGUAACAAAAAAUCGGUACGGAGCAAGAGAUGCUGAGACUGGUGGAUUUGUUCUAUGGCAAAUGAAUCCCGACAUGUGGUAUGUUGAGCUUGCAGUUGGAGGAAGCAAGGUUCGUGCCGGCUGCAAUGGUAAGAUCGUCUGGAGGCACACGCCAUGGCUUGGAGCCCACACUGCUAAAGGACCCGUCAGACCUUUACGACGUGCCCUUCAGGGUCUUGACCCGAGAACGACUGCUAGUAUGUUCGCAGAUGCAAGAUGUAUUGGGGAGAAAAAGAUCAACGGCGACGAUUGCUUCAUCCUCAAGCUUUCUGCUGAUCCUCAGACCUUGAAGGCAAGGAGUGAGGGCCCAGCAGAGAUUAUAAGGCAUGUCUUGUUUGGCUACUUCAGCCAGAAGACCGGCCUUCUUGUCCACAUGGAGGAUUCUCACCUCACACGCAUCCAGUCCAAUGGUGGAGAAGCAGUUUAUUGGGAAACCACUAUAAACUCGUUCCUUGAUGAUUACAGACCUGUCGAAGGGAUCAUGAUAGCACACUCAGGGCGUUCAGUGGUGACCCUUUUCAGGUUUGGUGAGACGGCAUCGAGCCAUAGCAAGACAAGGAUGGAAGAAGCUUGGACAAUUGAAGAGGUCGCGUUCAAUGUACCGGGAUUAUCAGUAGACUGUUUCAUCCCCCCAGCUGACUUGAGGUCUGGCACCUUUGGCGAAGCAUGUGAACUCUCUCAAGGAGAAAGGGGAAAGAGCGCCAUUGUCCUCACAGCACAUAGGGCUAAGGUUGCUGCGCUGGAGGAAGCACACGAUGGCAACGUUGACAACAUGGUAUGGAAAAGGGAUGUCUAACAAAGGUAGAAGGUUUACACAAAGGGCCAAUUGUUCAUACGUAGUUAGCUUUUAAUUUGACGGACUUAUCGGGUUACAACUUAGGAUUUGCGUCAUUGAGGAAUUUUACGAGUUCAGGUAUGCCUCUAUUAUUCUGUAAAUAGAGCUGUUCUACGUACGCCUGGAUGAAUCUUUAUCAAUGCACUACGGCGACUGUGGAGGAUUACUUUCUUAUAGCAGAAGCUUUAACAUUAUGUGAUUGUACUAAUUCUCGUCUUAACACACACGGCAGUAGCAGUGACAAGAACUCUGACCACUAUCCUCUCAGUUUUCCUCAAUUCUUAGGUGUUAGUGUAUUAUUGUUGGGGUUUUUUUUUCUGUUUUGUUGAAGUUGUUUUGGAGGGGGGGUGUGGGUAAGAAUAAGGAAUGGAAAUAUUGAGCAAAAUCUGUUUCCAUGUGAGAUUCUGGUUUUAUAUUGUCAGCGCAGUUUUGGCUGAGAAGAGCUGACGUAAAUUGUGUCUAUCAGAUACUCCAUUAAAUUUAUUUAUGAAUGUUAGAGAUGCGAAUUUGGAUC